AUGCAAUCACUAAUACCACUGACACCUGCCACGCCCUUGAAUGCCUCCUCUCGCUUCUACAAGCUAUGUGCUCAAAUCUUGGUUCCAUCAUAUCGCCGCCAUCAAUCAUCCGCCAGGAGAACAAGAUCAAGACUCAAUAUAAAACCCGAUCCCGCUUUCUUACCCACAAAGACCGAACAGCAUGAUCACAUCAUUCACAAUCCUCCUCCCAGCAUGCCCAAUGUCAUGCACACUCCAAACAUUUUUCUUCCCAACGGCGAUCCCAGAAAGGUCAAAACCACCAAUUCAGAAGCCUUGCUAGCCCCUCCGUUACAUGAGCAAAGAGAAAAGCGAUACCAUGUCAACGACGCCGAUAUGGCCGAGAUGAGAGCAUUGAGGGUUCAAGAUCCUACGCUCUGGAGCGUCAAGAAAUUGGCCAAGAAAUAUGACUGUGCGCCGCUCUUCGUCACUUGGGUCGUGGACGGACUAGUGACCGACAAGAAGAAGAUGCAAGAAGCUGUCACGGCUGUGGUCAAGUCUAGAUGGAGCAAGGGCAAGAGAAUUGCACGAGAAGACCGAGAAAUCAGAAAGGAAAUUUGGCAGAGAGAUGCAUAG